AUGCUAAUUUAUGCCCCAAGUCCAGCUGUUUUUAGCAAAACCAGCCCAUCAUCAUCCUAUAUUCUUGCCGGAGCUGUCAGAAGCAGUAGCAAUAUCAACAAGAGCACAGGCUCCCUCACCGGAGGUAGCAGCAGCAGCAGGUUCAGCUUGACCAUUACAAGCUUGUUUGCAGCUUGUGCGGUUUUAGCCUCAACGGCUGCCGGAGUAGGUAUUGAGUCACCCAAACAACAACAACAACAAGCAGAGACAGAGACUCUCUCGAACAUACCACAAACACUAUCCGGUGGGGAGUGUGCAUCAGUAUCUCCCAAGGAUUGCAAGAAGGCAAGAAUCCAACGGCCCAAGUCAAGGAAAGCAGAGUCAUGCACUAUCAAGUGUGUCACCACUUGUAUUCGAGGUGGUGAAGGCUCGCCCGGAGAAGGUCCUUUGAAUGUUAGAAGGCCUAUAGUGGUUUUCAAGCAAGGAUUCCGAAGCCGUAAUUACUGUUUGGUGGAGUGCUCAGACAUUUGUAAUUUGAUUGGAGAUGGAGAUGAUGGACCUUAA